AAGACUACUGCUGUCAGACCACACCAAGACUCCUGCUGCCAGACCACACCAAGACUCCUGCUGCCAGACCACAACAGUUUGGACAACUGGAACAGCAUCCAGUGUUUCCUGUAGUCAUGAAGACCCUGGUGGUGGUCCUUUCUCUGUGUCUGAUUGGAGGAGGAUGUGAACCAAUUAUUUCAAACAAUUUGAUCAAAAACAUCAUCAAAGGAACCGGCGCUGGUGACUCGUCUUUCUCAGGGAAUGGACGCUACAGGAACCUCACCGGGCGCAGCUGUAAACAACUCAAAGACAAAUAUAAUGUCAAAAAUGAUGGACUGUACUUCCUCACCUCGGCCACUGGGGUGGUCUACCAGACCUACUGUGACAUGACCACGGCUGGCGGAGGCUGGACACUGGUGGGGAGCGUGCACGAGAACAACAUGUAUGGGAAGUGCACGGUGGGCGACCGCUGGUCAAGCCAACAGGGGAAUGACAUCAACAACCCAGGAGGAGACGGGAACUGGGAGAACACAAAUACCUUCGGAACAGCAGAGGGCGCCACCUCUGAUGACUUCAAGAACCCUGGGUAUUAUGACAUCAUGGCGGAGGACGUGUCUGUCUGGCACGUUCCUAACAGAGCUCUGCUUCAGGACUGGAGAAGCAGCUCUAUCCUCCGUUACCACACUGAGUCCAGGUUCUUAACUUACUAUGGAGGAAACCUAUAUGGACUGUUCCAGCGUUAUCCAGUGAGGUAUGGAAUUGGUCAAUGCAACGUCAACCUGGGACCGUCCAUCCUAGUGAACUAUGACCUGGGCACGAGGGAAACCACCAACAUGUUCUAUGGACCUCAUUCCAGAGGUGAGUUCCUGCCAGGCUUCAUCACAUUCAGAGCAGUCAACACAGAGCGAGCAGCCAUGGCCAUCUGCUCUGGGAUCAAACCCACUGGCUGCCAGACUGAACACUACUGUAUCGGAGGAGGAGGAUUCUUCCCUGAGGCUGGUCCCAGACAGUGUGGGGACUUCCCUGCCUUUGACUGGGACGGCUACGGCACCAACGCAGGCUGGAGCGCAUCCAAGGAGAUCACUGAAGCUGCUGUGAUGCUCUUCUACCGCUGAGACCCUGAACAACUGCAUUGUUUUACUGACCAGGAGGAGUCUUAGCUUUUGAUUGGCUGCCAGGAUUAUUCAAGUCAUUGUAGGCUGAAAUGGAUGUAAUAAUAUGAAUUGACCACUAGUAAGUUAGGGAUGUAAUACAGGUGAUUGGCCACUAGAGGGGGAAAUAUGCACACCAGGAGUGUUGAUCACAGAGCACAUGAGGGUUUAAACCACUCUCAUGUUCCACUAACAACUUGUUAGUAUUGUCCUUCUAAAACACUAUUAUUAAACAAUCAAUAAAUAAGAAUAUUUACAACCAGUUAAAA